UCUCUUCCAUGCCUCCACCAGUUCACGGGCAGGACGCAUCGGGGUCACGUGCGGCAGAGCUACGGCGGGGUAGGGCGCAACCUCGCGGACGCCCUCACGCGCCUCGCCUGCCGCCCCUUCCUCGUGUCCGCCGUGGGGGAGGACAACCACGCCCGCGCCCUCACCGCCCACAACCCGCGGCUGGGGUGUGAAGGGCUGGCAGUGGUGCCCGAAGCCUCAACAGCGGUGUACUGUGUCAUGCUGGACCACCGCGGUGAGGCACUGUUCGGCGUGGGUGAUAUGGCCGUCCACAACCACGUUACUCCUGAACAUGUUCGCCAGUUUGAGGAUCGCAUCACCAACGCUCCGCUGGUGCUGGUGGACGGCAACCUCUCUCAGCAUACCAUCAACUUCGUCCUUGACAUGUGCAGUGCUGCUCAUGUUCCAGUGUGGUAUGAGCCGACGGACGUGAAGAAGGCGGCCAAGCCCUGGGAGGGGGGUCGGGGCAGCGCCGUCACAUUCACCUCCCCCAACCUGAACGAGCUGCGGGCCCUCUGUGCCUUCCUCCACCUGGGCGAGGUCGGGGAGGCGCCGGCGAGGGGCGAGGACGUGCCCCAGUUUGUGAGGAGUGUCCUGCGCGCUGCCGCCCCGCUGUUGGACCACGCCGCGGCCCUCAUGGUCACGCUGGGCUCCCAAGGCUUCGUGAUCCUCCGUCGUUCUCCUGCCGGCGGGGAAGACGAGCCGCUGCUGCCGGUCCCGUCCUGCCCUGGGCGAGGCGCCGAGCCGGUGGGGCUGUACUUCCCGGCGCUGCCCGCCCCGCACGUCGCCUCGGUGUCUGGGGCUGGGGACUGCUUGGCGGCAGGGUUCGUGGCGGGCGUCCUUCGCGGCGAGCCUGUGGGGCGGUGCGCGGCGGCUGGACUUCGGGCGGCCGGAUUCUCCCUCGCUGCCCUGCCCGCCGUACCCGACACCCUCACCCCCGAGAUCCUGGCCGCAGACCCCCACGCCUUCUCCGUCAUACGCUUGUGAUGUAACGCUGCAACUAAGACUGAACUAAAGGGACCAGUGCCAUUUUUUAAGCAGACUAAAAGUGAAUGAAUAAGUCACUUGGUGGGAUUAUGCUAGAGUCUUCGGGUUAAAUUCUUUAAUUAACAUUCCGGGCCCAAGCUCACAUAUUUGACAGGGCUUUCAUAGGAGUUGUGGGCAUUUCCAGGGGUAGUUUAAUGACCCUGGUGGUAGUUUGACUCUUCCUCUGUACUGUGAACCUAAAAAAAACACCCAUGAUAACACGAUUGACCUCCUUUUUGGUCUUCGUGUGUGAUUCAUGGUACAGAGGAAGCGUCAUACUACCACCAGGGUCAUUAAACCACCCCUGGAAAUUCACCCUCAAGUCUUUUUAUGCUUUGGGAUCAGUAUAUAGUUUUGAAGGUCUACGGGUGUUGUUAUUAUGUCAGGGCCCGUCUCUUGUGUUAGCGAACGGAUAUAUAUUUACAGGAAGGGAAGCUUACGACUCUAGUGAAAGAUAUGUAAGAUUAUGCUCAGUGUGUAUCUCAGCGGGGCAGCCUAAUAUUACAUCUCGCUAUUACUUGGUCUUAACACAUUCCCUCAUUACGAAAGUGACCUCUCUUUUGGCCACUCCUCUCCACUUUCUUAUCGUAGGAACAUUUUUCUUUUACAUCAGAGGACACGGCUCAAGGGCAAUAAAAAGAGUACAAAAAAAAAGCCCGCUACUCGCCGCUCCUAUUGUUGUUGUUAUUUAUAUUUCCCCUUGAGAUGCUUCCUUUACUGUAAAAAAAAGUGGGUAUAGAAUUCAACGUGCCAGAUUGUCGUACUCAGACGUUCAUAUUUACCGACUUCCGACCCAAAAUCUGUCUCCUGGUCCCUAAUAACAAGAUUAAUUUAUAUUCAUCGUUAAAAUAGUUAAUUCCUGAUGUUUCUUGGCAAUAGUUAGGCGUCAGAAACCGGUAAAUACCAUGCUCUGAGUACGAUAUCUGGCAACGGUGGUAUAAAUGGGUACAGCUUCUCUCGUUUCUAUCCCUUCCUCAGCUUCCCACAAGUCGCUCUAACUAUCUUCCAUAUAUAUUUUUAAAGCAAUUUCAUGUAUACCUGUUUUUUGUUCAGUGUACUUGCAAAGGUUAUUUUCUGAGGUUUAGUAAAAUAUUGAAUCAGCGAAGUUGUGUUGGAUUUUUUUUAUUGAGCCGGA